AUGGUCCGCUUCACUGGUGGUCUGCUGCUAUUUACUGCCUAUGCAGCAGCUGUGCCUGCGGUUUCCGAUCAGCAGCAAGUCAUACGAAGGCCAUCAUCGGAGACAACACAGAGGAAGUUGCAAGGACGAUUUCUGCAUAUUACAGACGUUCACCCCGACCCUUUUUACGAACCUUACACCGAACCUGAUGGGGACCACCCUUGUCAUCAUAAAGGAGGGAAAGGCUCCGCCGGUCACUUUGGUGCUGAAACUACCGAUUGCGAUACUCCUUUUACUCUUGUAAACGCGACCUUCGACUGGAUCGACCAAAACAUCAAGGAUGACAUCGAUUUUGUGGUCUGGACCGGUGACUCAGCGAGACAUGACAACGACGAACACUAUCCUCGCCACAACAAGCAGAUCAUUGAUCUGAACAAAUUUGUAGUAGACAAGUUCGUUCAGGUCUUCGGAAAGAGUGGUCAGAUCGAUCCGAAGAACCCCCUGGACAGCUUCGUUAUCCCAAUCGUCCCAACCUACGGCAAUAACGAUAUCUUACCUCACAACAUUUUUACAGCCGGCCCGAACAGAUGGACCAGGACAUUUGAAGACAUAUGGCGCGGCUUUGUCCCACAAGAGCAGAAACAUACAUUCGCAAGAGGGGGUUGGUUCUUCUCAGAAGUUAUUCCCAAUCGUCUGGCUGUCUUCAGCCUGAACACACUAUACUUUUUCGACUCCAAUUCGGCAGUCGACGGCUGCGAUGCCAAAUCAGAGCCUGGGUACGAGCACAUGGAAUGGCUGCGCAUUCAGCUACAGUUUCUCAGAGACCGAGGCAUGAAAGCUAUCCUCAUUGGACACGUGCCACCAGCCAGGACUGAUAGCAAGCAAAAUUGGGAUGAGACAUGCUAUCAGAAAUACACCCUCUGGCUCAGGCAAUACCGCGAUGUUAUAAUUGCCAACAUUUUUGGCCACAUGAACGUCGACCAUUUCAUGUUCCAGGAUGCAUCGGGACUGAAAUACAAGUUUGACAUCGAUGGCGUAGACACCGCCCUUGAUCGCCUAGUCGACUUCGAUAACCAUACCGCAGACCCUGAAUUCUCAAUGGCCGGCAAGACCGCCUACUUGAGCGAACUCCACGAUUCCUGGGCCAAAUUACCAAAGCCACCCAAGGGGCAUUCCUACGCUGCACUAGGGGAUGCCGUCGAUAUUGCGAAGAAGAAGCGCAAAGAAAAAGAGCUCGACAAGUUUCUACGAUCUAUUGGCGGCCCAUACGGCGAGCGUUUCAGUCUCAGUCUAGUCUCGCCCAGCGUUGUGCCGAACUUCUUUCCCACACUCCGCAUUGUCGAAUACAACAUAACAGGGCUGGAGCACGACCACCCUGCAGCGACUAUUAUGGGCGUCCCGGCUGAAGUAUAUUACGAGCGGCACAGCCUCCCAGAGGAUGACAGCUCCCGAGAAGUCGAGCAACAAGAACUUCGCAAGCGCGAUCACCAGCAAAGUGGCCACGAUGACGACGUCAACCUGGAGAAGAAGAAAAAGAAGAGAAAGAAGCACCACAAGAAGAAGAGGAAGCCAACCUUUCCUGUGCCUGAACCGCCGUCGAAGACCGCUGCGCCCGGCCCUGCCUACUCUCCUCAAUCCCUGAGCCUUCUAUCAUGGGAACAGCUCUAUGCGAAUCUCACGAAGAUUAAUGCCGCAUACGAGGAAGCUAAAACAGUCGGGCAUAACAGUGGCCACAAAAACCAGCAGUAUGUUCAUUUUGAAACCGAAUACACUACAAAGCACGACAAAUACUACAAAAUGAAAGAUCUCACCGUCCGCAGCUGGCUGGAUCUAGCUGAGCGCAUCGGUCGGGAGGAACUAAAGCACCCACAGCUUCAAUUCGAUGAAGAAGAAGAAGAAGAUGAUGAUGAUGAAGAAAUCUACGAUGCAGAGUUGAGCAGGAUGGAUGACAGCGACCUGGAUGAUAGCCUCGCAUCGGAUUGGGCGGAGACUUUCCUGGAUGAGGUGGAGAUCGAGAUCUCAAAGCGGAAAGACAAGAAGGAGAAGGGCAAGAAGAAGAAGGGAAAGAAGAUGAAGAAUCAUCUGUGGAAGGAAUUUCUGCAACGAGCCUUCGUGCAGACGAAGCGCGAUGAUGAGCUGGAUGACACUUUUGGCUGA